UUCCACAGGAGAACAGUUCCAUGAAUUUGAUCAGGAACUCAUUCACACAAGAAAACCCUUGCUCCUGUAAAGCCCUAGGUUCGAAAAACCCUAAAACUAAACCCUAAUUUUAUAGUGCUUGCAGUGCGAUGCAUAAAUGGCGAAGAAUCUCGAAGAAGCAUUUCCUUGAUCUAAAUGAGGGUAAGGAUUCAAUUGCAGAGGUUUAAUCCAGAACCCAAGCUCCUGUAAAACCUGGAACUGUAAUUGCGCAGUAAUGGUGUUAGUGCUUAAAUAGCGAAUAAGCUCAAAGUGGAGAAGAAUUUCAUUGCUUUAAUGGAGCGAAUGGAUUCAGUUGCAGAGGCUCAAUCCAAGAGUGCCCUUGCUCCUAUGGAACCGCAAGCCUUAGCUCCUUCAGGAAACCCUAGGCAGCGAGCUCUGCAACAGCAAGCUCUUCACCAAGAAGCUCUGCAUAAGCUCAAUCUCCAACCUUUGGUUGUGUCCAUGGCUUCUGAUCCUUCAAUCAUGGGACCUCGAUCGAGCAACCCUGUGAAAGCUGAGCCGUUGGAUGAGAGAGAAAUUGCUGAAGAUAUGAAAUGGGAGAAGAGUGAGAAUGAAUCUCGGGAAAAAGUUCCUGUAAAGCGUGAGGCUGUGUUGGCUGAUCUCAAUGUGGAUCCACCUGAAAGUGACGGUGAGGAUUUUAUGUCAGUUGAUGCCAUCGACCAAUCUGCAGCACCAGUUGAUUGUGUAAGGAGUCCUAAUGAUGAAAACGGAAGAACAGAUAACACAUUAAAGAUGAAAGACUCUGAUAUGACUGAUGGAGAAAGCAAACGAUUUAGCAAGUUGGGAAAGGGUCGUGCAAGACUUAAAGCUGAAUCUCCUCUUGAAUCUGGACAUGAAACCGAUGCCGAUCAACAAUGUCUUGGAGUUUCAACAUCCCGCGAGGAAAAAAUCGGCAGUCUUAAGGCAGGUUUAGUACAUGUCGCACGGAAGAUGCCCAAAAAUGCCCAUGCUCAUUUUAUACUUGGCCUUAUGUACCAGAGGUUGGGUCAACCACAAAAGGCAAUCAUAGCAUUUGAGAAGUCCUCUGAGAUCUUACAACAAUCUGAGGAAGAAGUCAGUAGACCAGAGUUACUUUCACUAGUCCAAAUUCACCAUGCACAGGUGCAUAUGCAGUGUCUUCUUCAAGGAGCUGUUGGAGAUGGCUUAAAUAAAGAACUUGAACCUGAGGAGCUUGAUGACAUACUUUUUAAGUUAAAGGAGUCAGUACAAUCUGAUGUUAGACAAGCUGCUGUUUGGAAUACACUGGGUCUGAUACUCCUUAGGAGUGGACGCCUGGAGAGUGCAAUUUCAGUUUUAUCGUCUUUGCUGUUUGUUGCCCCAGACUUCCUGGACUCACUUGCAAACCUUGGUAUUGCAUACCUCCAGAGUGGUGAUAAGGAGAAUGCUGCUAAAUGCUUUCAGUCCUUGCUUCUAAGAGAUCAAAACCAUGCAACGGCUCUUGUCAAUUAUGGGGCGUUGCUUUUGUGCCAAUAUGGUUCUCUAAUUGCAGGUCCAGGUGCUAGAGGCAGUGAAAGGGCAUGUCAACCUCAAAUGGAAGCUGCAAAUGCUGCACGAGUAUGUUUGGCAUCAGCAGUGAAAUCAGACCCCAAAGCUGGUCAUUCAUGGGUCAAUCUUGCUCAUGCUUAUUAUAUGGCUGGUGACCACAGAAAUGCAAACAAGUGCUUAGAGCAGGCAACAAAGUUAGAACCAAACAGUAUGUCUACUCGAUAUGCUGUCGCACUUCAUCGGAUAAAAGAUGCUGAAAGGUCUCAAGAUCCCACGCAACAGCUAUCAUGGGCUGCCAAUGAAAUGGCUUCAAUACUUCGAGACGGUGACCCGUCAAUCAUUGAGCCUCGCAUAGCAUGGGCUGGGUUAGCCAUGGUUCAUAGGGCACAACAUGAAAUUGCUGCAACUUUUGAAAAUGGGGAAACCGAUCUAAAAGAGAUGGAAGAGAGAGCUUUUUACACUCUCGAGCAGGCAAUAGAAGAGGAUCCAAAUGAUGCCCUUUCAUGGCACCAGUUAGGCCUCUAUAAGCUUUGUACUCUACAGUUCAAGACAGCGCAGAACUACUUUAAAGCUGCAGUGGCACGCCGCAGGGAUUGCAGCUAUGCAUGGUCCAAUCUGGGCAUCUCUUUGCAAUUGUCUGAAGAUUUAUCAGUAGCUGAAGAAGUAUACAAGCAGGGUCUCUCUUUGGCCAAUCCACAACAAGCGCAUGCCAUUUUUUCGAAUCUUGGUAACCUUUACAGGCAGCAAAGGCGAUUUCAAGAGGCCCAUGAGAUGUUCGAGAAAUCUUUCGAACUAUGCCCAGGUUAUGCUCCUUCUUACAACAACUUGGGACUUGUUUUUGUUGCAGAGGGUAAAUGGGAGGAUGCCAUAGACUGCUUUAAGAAGGCUUUGGCAGCAGACCCCCUUCUUGAUGCUGCCAAGUCUAAUAUGAUGAAAGCAGAGGCAAUGUCUAGGGUUUCUAUGGUCAAUGGUUCAUCUGAGAUGAGAGAUAAAGUAGAGUGAGAGAGGCUGGCUUUUGAGAAUUCAUUUUGGAGAGAUCGGCUGGCAUGUUUCCUCAUAUGACUUCCUGUUACAUGUUCACUGGGGGGAAGUUGUUUCUUGUGGUUCAAGGUGGGUAUCAAAGAGAACGGUCUUGCUUUGCUUUGAAGGGAAUGAUCUCUCUCUCUCUUAGAGAGCAAAGAGAACGGUUUUGCUGAGAAUCUCUCUCUCUCUCUCUUAUGGAGGAGCACUGUGAUAUGUUUUUGAGGAUGAUCCACCCUCUCUGAGGUCAUGGCGAUGCAGUUGAUCAAAGAGCAAGGUUUUGCUACUAUGUACCUCUGGCUUGAAGCAGUUAUGGGAAAUCCAUUGGGACUUUUUCGAGUUAUUUAAAUUGUAAUAGUCCAUUGGCCUAGUAUGGACAGGGUUCAUUCUCUUUCAGGCUUGCUGUAAAGGUUCGACCAUUUGUAUCAUUGAUGUUUCAUGCCAUUUGCCUCAUAUUUUCAAUUCA